AUGGCUAGGGCCGCAUGGCUCUCUUGUUUAUUAGUCCUCGUUGUAGACCUGUUACGUGUAUCGGCGGAAAAUGACCUUUGCUGGACAGUGAUGUGUGGUGGCGGCUUCUGGUGUAUAAAACCGCUCGCAUCUGACGGUCUCUCACUUCGUACCUACUUCCACUACUCACCGAGCAGCGGCUUAUGUACGGAGUUGGACCCCUCCAGUUACUCAGACUGCGAACCUGCCUCCAACUGCACCUUUUCCUCUGCCAAGGAGUGCUGCAGUGUUUGUGGGAAAGAGGAGAAGGCAGUACAGACAUGUGCAGACACAAAGUAUGGUUGCUGUGGAGAUGGUGUUACCAUCAGACAGGGACAGGGCGGCUGUCCAGAUGAGGCAGCUCCUAGUCAGUCUGAUGGUGGUGGAAAGGAAGGGGGUCACUGGGGUCUCAUCACAUCUGGAGUGUGUGGGGUGUUGGUCCUGCUGGGACUAGUUGCUGUCAUUGGUCUCUCCACCUACACCUACCGUAGGAGACAGCGCCACAGGAACAGAUGGUACAUUCACGAGGUGCUACAGAUGUAUGAUGGAGGUGACAGCUCUGACAGUGGAGCUGCCUCGGAUAGCUCUUGGGACGAUCCUGAACAUAAGAAUUUGUUUGAUCGUUUGUGACAGGUUCACUUCAUUCACUUCAUUCACUGCUUGUAGUCACUGUGUCUGUUAGUUCUUGUUGAAUUGUCUGAUCUUACUCGUUACUAUUCAGAACGCGCGUCCAUCUUAAUUUCAAAUAACGCGCACCAAGAACCUUCAAGAUGAUUUUGCGCGUGCAGAGCAAAAAUGGUACAAAGCGUAUACAAACUGAGCAGUCAGAUACGCUUCAACGGUUCCUGGAAAAGGUGAUAUCUGAGUUUCAGUUGCGAGAAACUGACACGUUCUCGCUGUACCGCAGUCCUGGGCUGAAGGAUGAAUUGACUCAUCAUCACUUGCGCUUGCAGCUUGGCCGCAUACCCCUCAAGUCAGACAGGAGAUAGAGAUUAUCAGUAUAGUCAUGUGAUUUCCAGGCAUGGGGAUAUGCUCUACUUGGCUGAGAAGAAGCCUAGUGGUGUAGUAGGUGAUAAGAUGUCUGUGGCGACCGUCGAGGAGGAGCGAGUAGACUGUGAGCUAGCGGCGAGAGACGGGAAGAUAAGGAGAAAGAGAGAUCCGCAGCUGUGUCAUCACGGAGCUGAGGGGAAAUGCAUGAACUGUGCUCCCCUUGACCCCUGGGACCCCUCCUACCUCUCUUCAUUUGAUCCUCCCAUCAAACACCUCUCCUUCCACUGCUACCUGAGGAAGCUGACCAGUGGAGUGGACAGAGGAAAGUUCCUGAAUUUGGAAGACCUUCGCUGCAAGAUACGAGAGAGCUGUCCGGACCACCCACCCUGGCCUGCUGGGAUCUGCACCAAGUGCCAGCCGAGUACAAUCACCCUCAGCAGACAGUUGUACAGACAUGUGGACAAUGUCAUGUUUGACCAUACUGGGAUUGUGGAUCGUUUUCUGGAUGGAUGGCGACGCAGUGGCCGACAGAGGAUUGGGUUCUUGUUGGGCAAGUAUGAGGUCUACGAUCAUGUACCUCUGGGGAUUCAGGCAGUUGUUAGUGCUAUCUAUGAGCCACCUCAGGAGAGCACCAGCCACAGUGUGGAGUUGACUGGAGGACGUAAACCACUCCGCAAUGGAGGAGCUGGCUGCUCAUCUUGACCUGCAACCGGUGGGAUGGAUAUUCACCGACCUGGAACCUGAUGGGAGAGGUGGGAAAGUGGCUUACAAGAGAAGCAUUCAUACUCACCUACUAACUGCUGAAGAGUGCAUUCUGGCAGCUGAUCUGCAGAACAAGUACCCCAACCCUUGCAAACAUUCAGCAGCUGGGUACUUUGGGUCUAAGUUCACGACCCUGUGCAUCUCAGGCAAUGAGAAAUGUGAAGUGGAGAUCAGAGGAUAUCAGGUCUCAAACCAGUGCAUGUCGUUGGUGAGAGACGACUGUCUGUUGCCAACUCUGGAUGCCAAGGAACUGGGCUACAUUAGGGAGUCCUCCCCACAGCAGUAUGUCGCUGAUGUGUUGUAUAAGGCCAGGGGGGAGUAUGGGACAGAUGUAAUGAAGGAGGCACGACCCCUGCCUCUGGAGUAUCUCAUCAUUGAGCUCACCACUACGUCUCCAUGUAACCCCCAGCCCCUGCUGCCUGCAGUGGCUGAGCCUCUGUUCCCUGUGGAGAACAGGGCCGCAGUAGGUCAGGCUGUCCAGGAUCCUCAUGCCUUGUCCUCCUAUCUGACUAGCCAGUCACACUCCUCCACCAACUUCCUCUGUUUGAUGGCCGACUUUCAUCUCCUCCUUUUUCUCUUUACAUCUGAUGUUGCUGGAAUUCACAUGAAAACCCACAUCCCCAGUCUAUGUAGAGCCAUUCUGGAGGGAGACAGAGCAGCUGGUGAUGCCUGGCGACACAGCGAGCACUGGUCCACCAUCGAGCAACUGGUGGCUGGUGCUAAUGUAUCACCUGUCCACACGACAAGGGCCACGACAACAGCUGCAACCUCUGGAGAGCAGUGGUCAUGUGUGCAGUGUACUCUACUGAAUGCUCCAGGCUCAGCUGCCUGUGAUGCCUGUCAGUUCCCAAGAGUGUCAUCCUGAACUCUCUUAUCAUGAAUGUGACUGGAAAAAGUGCAAAUUUUAAGUCCCUUACAAAUGCGGAACCAACUAAUGCACACAUGAUCUGUGCAACGAGGGUUAAUAAAGAGUGUAUGCACCAUAUAUGGCAAUGCACAUCAGCAAUAUACUAGGCAUGCAGCAAAAAAAUUUUUUUAUGAACCAUUGGUGCCGUACAGAAACUAAGAGUGUGAUGAUAAAAGAGAGAGACAAUAAAGAGAAUGACUCAAUCAGCUUGGGCCUUGGCCUGGAGUAGAGAGAGACAGGCCCUGCAGUCCAGCUGAGCUGAGCCACUCAGAGGCAGCUCUAGCUCAGCCAGCCACUCCCGGCAUUCAUCUGGGGAGAAGGCCAGUGCUUCAGAUACAUGAACUACAGGGACUGAUGGGCGGAACCUGCAAAGAAAGAGAGAUUAAUAGACUACACACUCACUGUAAUUGAGUAUAGUAAGGCCAGUAUAGUCUCUGCUUAUCAGAGGCAAGAGCCGAGCAACGCAAAGAGGGAGGCAGGACAAAAGCAAGCAAUACUGGCGACGCAAGACUGAAGUGGUCGCAAUGUUCGAAAUGUCCAUGACACAGAGAAGGCAGGGCAAGAGCUCUGGGUGGUUGGUCUUGGGAUGAACAUGGAGAUUGGGUGGCGUGGUACUGAAUGGAAGGAGAGAACAGAUUAGAAGACAGGAGAUAUGAACUGACUGACUUAGCCCUCGGUGAGGGGCUGGUGAGGUGACACUAGUUGACGUUUUCUUCCCUGACAAAAUGUUCGGAGAAUUGAAGAUUUCUUCCAUUGGCGACUGGCGAAGGACCUAACAUUCUACUCUCACUCUCUCUCACGCACACACACUGUUAUGUGAAGACCUACGCUUUAAGAAUUUUUCGUAAUGCAGAGAGUCUCUCGCGGGAGAGAAACAACUGCAGCAAACUCCGCCCACUGCCUGGGGCACUUUUGAAGAGACGGAAGAAUUGACAAUAGUUUCCCAGUUGCCAUGACGACCACAACCUAAGAGCAUGUGCUACAUACGGAUGAGACUUGAGUUCAGAGGUCAGAUUUCUCAGCUCAGUCGACAUAUCUGCAGAGUUGUGUGUGAGGAUGAGAUAGAGGAUGUGGUAGGCCACAAACUCCGCCUGCUGCCCAGGAACACCCUCGAGAUAGAGGGCCUUUAGCUGUGCCUGGCACUGGUUGAACUCUCCUCUGUCUC